AUGGUCGUCAUCUUUGAUGAUGCAGUAAAGAGUUUACGCAGACAGGUGGGGAAAGAAGAUAUGAAACCAGUUACCGAUCUUGGAAGUGCUGAGAAAUUCCAAUAUUUUAAUAUAUUACGGAGAAAGGAGAAAAGUCUCUCAUCAUUUUGGGAACAACCCGACAGUCCUGUUGAUUUCUCACUCCUGGACAUCCUGGACCCAAGUUCUCCAGUCCCAGAUCCUUCCAGAGAAGGCCCAUUCACCUACAAAGACAAUAUGGUCCAGAAAGGAAAGGGUGAUCUGACUGUUGAUGCAAGUGUUGGGGCACAAGUGGCAGCAUCAGGGGAGACUGAUAAGUCACGUGAAUUCAUUCUUGAGUUUCAGAUUAAUAAGAUCACAACAAAAAUCUUGACAGACCUUCGUUCAAGGGCACUUUUAAAACCAGAGCCAUGGUUUCUGAAACAAUGUCGAGAAAGAGGAUACAACCUAUAUGUGGUGACAGAAAGUGUGGAAGUGACCAACAGUCCUGAGCUGAGAGUUGAAAAAAGUAGGAAGUGGUUGGGAAAAUUCUCCUUUCUACAGAACCUUUAUAUCAAGGUUCAAAGCCACAUAGAUGGUGACAAGAAGAAACAACAAUUACUCACUUUACCAGAGCAUAUGGUGAUGGCAUAUAAGACGAAGCAGCUGAUUAUCAAGGAGAAUGAUUGGGAGGUUCUUCUCACCGAAGAUAAAAAUCAGAAGACCUUUCCAGAAGGGUAUGAAGAAAGGAGUCUAACAAUAGGUUAUAGAAGAGAGAUUCUGCCAAAAGAAAAAAUAGAGGAACCCGUUAGUCAAGAUUUUAAAAAGCUACAAAAUGAGAUUUCCAGAAGAAUGGAAGAACUAUCCAAUUUUUCAAAGGAUAUUCAGGAUAUUUUAUUCCAUAAUAUUUUGGUCAUGCUUGGAGAUCGAGGGGCUCUUCAGGACCUGCAGGACAUGAUGGAACAGUUUCCGCAGGGUGAUUUGGAUGGCCCUGGUGGAAUAAUUCUAAAAGAACUGAGAAAGAACUUACAAAAUUCAUGGGAUUAUCGACUAUCCUGCAUCUCUUAUAUGUUUGAAGCCUUGAUGGUGCUGAAUGAUACCCAACAUGAGCUGCUGGCGUGGUCCAUGGAGAUGAAGAUCCUGGUUCAUCAGCGGGAGCUGGUAAGGAGUAUCUUGGAGCCCAACUUCAGAUAUCCUUGGAGAAUUCCUUUCACCCUUAAACCAGAGCUUCUUACCCCACUGCAGGAUGAGGGUGUGACUGUCACCUACAAACUGCUGGAGGAGUGUGGCCUGAUGAUUGACCUAAAUUGCAAUAGGUCAUUCUGGGAUCUGGAAGCCAAGAUGCCACUGUCAGCUCUGUACGGAUGCCUCUCUUUGCUUCAGCAGCUGGCUGUGGCCUGA